GGUAAAUAAGAAAAUUUUAAAAAGUGUUAAUAUACAUUAAAAACAGAAGUUAUUUCUAAUUUUUAUUAAUAGUGCUAGUUUAAACAGCAGUUUUUAUCAAUUAUGCAUAAUAAUGUUUUUCCUCUGUGUAUUUUUCAUACUAGUAAAUAUAACCUAUAUCAACUGUGAAAACAAGACAGAGAUUUUUGAUCCCUUGCGUCCCUUAGUCAAGUGUAACUUCCUGUCAUGGGAAUUUAUAGAAUGCCAAGAACCUAUAGACCACAAAGGUAAUAAAACUGCUAAAGAAGAUCUUGGAUAUGGAUGUGUAAAAUUUGGGGGAAUGCGCUACGAAGAUGUUGAAAGGACAAAAGUUUUAUGUACAGUUUUGCAUAAAAUAGAAUGCUUUGGAAAUAGAACAUUUUUCAGAGAAGGUGUUCCUUGUAUAAAAUAUUCGGACCAGUAUUUCACCACUACUUUAUUGUAUAGCAUUUUAUUAGGAUUCCUAGGUAUGGAUAGAUUCUGCUUAGGUCAAACUGGAACUGCCGUUGGCAAAUUAUUAACAUUAGGAGGAUUGGGAAUAUGGUGGAUUGUUGAUAUUGUUUUACUUGUCACUAACAAUUUAACUCCUGAAGAUGGAAGCAAUUGGAACCCGUAUGUUUAAAAUAUUUUUAUUUAUUUAAUAAAAUUCUUUUUAUCA